GAGGGCUCUUAUUGGUGUAAAUAAAUAGGAGUAUCUGGGCUAAGAACCUACAGCUUGGACUCAGAGCUGAAGCCUGAACUCCACCUUCAGGCAGAAUGAGGUUCACUCCUGCAUCUCUGCUUCUGCUGCUGCUGGCCAUUAGCCUGUCUCCAGUUCAGGGUUUUCUGGAGGCCAAUUACACAAAUUUAAAAUGUAAAUGCCUGCAGCAGACGUCAGUCUACAUCCCUGCACAGAACAUUCAGCGGCUUCAAAUCUUCCCGGCUGGGAGCGGUUGCCCAAAUGUAGAAGUCAUAGUUUGGAUGAAGAAUAACAGAGUUGUAUGCUCGAACCCUUACACCAAAUGGUUCCAAAAGCUCUUGAAAGUGUUACAGAAGUAA